GCCGCGGUGUUUUCUCUCUCUCUCUCUCUCUGGAUUAUCUUCUCUGCUCCUGCACGCGCGUGUGUGUACAUUCUUCAUCUUCCUCCUCAUCAUGGUGGGGUGUUCCUGCGGGAGUGUGCGGUGGCUGCUCUGCGUGUCUCUGCUGCUGCUGCUGCACCAAACUACUGCUUCUUAUUCUCCACAGAGCGGAGAGUGUCGAGGCAAAGGCAAAGAGUGCGCAGAUCUGUCAGAGAAGAAGAGUGACCUGCGAGUGUGUGAUGACUCCACCUGCAGGUAUGGAGGUGUCUGCAGAGAGGACGGAGCUCAACUCAAAUGUGUCUGUCAGUUUCAGUGUCAUAAAAACUACAUCCCAGUGUGUGGCUCUAACGGGGACACGUACCAGAACGAGUGUUACAGGAGACAGGCGUCCUGCAAACAGCAGAGACUCAUCUCCAGAGUGUCUGACGGUCCGUGCUCCACAGAUCCUGGUUCUGGUUCUGGAGACGGGGACGACGAUGAAGGUUCAGCCUCAGACGUCGGGAAGAAGUUCACAAAGUGCAGUACGUGUAAAUACGGAGCGGAGUGUGACGAAGACUCUGAGGAUGUGUGGUGCAUAUGUAACAUUGACUGCAGCGGUCACAAUGAAAACCCGGUGUGUGCCACCGACGGGAACUCGUACAACAACCCCUGUUUGGUGAGAGAGGCUUCGUGUAUGAAGCAGGAGCAGAUCGACGUCAAACACCUGGGCAGGUGUCCAGCUGAUAAAGAAAAGGUGGGGAGGAAAGACGACAGCAGUCCUUUCAAAAUAAACGUCUUAGAAACCACAGGUCUGGAUCACAGUGAUGGUUUUUACGCUGGGAUGCCGAUCCCCUGUGCCGACACCUUCUGUGUUCAUGGGAAAUGUGAGAUCAAAAACAACGUCGCCACCUGCAGAUGCGACGCAGGCUACAAAGGUCAACAGUGCGACGAGCCUCAGGACUUCAACAUCCUCUAUGUCGUCCCCAGUGGACAGAAACUUCACUACGUCCUCAUCGCAGCUAUCAUAGGCGCCGUGCAAAUUUCCAUUAUUGUCGCUGUGGUGAUGUGCAUCACAAGGAAAUGUCCGAAAAACAACAGAGGGCGGCGACAAAAACAAAACCUUGGACACUUUUCCUCGGACACUAACUCCAGGAUGGUAUAGCCUCAUUUGACGGACGCUUCUUUUUUUGAUAAGUUUUUUUCUUACAGCCAUUUUUUUUAAACAGUAGACGUAUGUAUCCUUUAUUUUGUCGUCAAAAAGAAGAAGACGAAGGACAUUUCUAUUGACGGGGCCUUAUUUUCUCUGCUUUUUUCUUUGUUUUUUUUUUGAGGAUGGGACGAUUGUUCGUUCACGUGUGCUCAUUACUUCACGUUACUUCACCUGCUUCCUCACAGGUUUUUGUUGAACACUUUGUAAAAAAAUGGCACCUUUCAUAAACAUAAACAGACAAAUGUAAAAUGGCCGCCGCUCUGGAAUGUUGAUCUGAUCGCCAAAGGAAGUUUGUUUCUGAUUGUUUUGUGUCGUUGGACGUGACAAACACACGUGUAUGUCCCCCUGAUGUCGUGAAUCCGUCCUUGACUUGUCGGAACUAGUAAAAAGUUGCGUUCACACCGGAAACAAAGAUCAUCUUGGCUCAGCAUCUGUCGACAGUCGACGGUUUCGCAAAUGUUUACGUUGACUUUGUGAUCCUUCGUUGUGGACACACCUUCAUUAACACUUUUGGCCCCACCCUCUUUUGCUUUUCUCGGUCUUGUUGGCUCAGUACAGUGGCUUGAAGUGUAAAACACUUUACAAAUCCAAAAAAAAUUGUAAAAAAAAGAAAAAAUUGACGACGUAUUGUCCACAGCAGAGACCCUGACAGGAAACCAGCAGGAAGUCCGACGGAAGAGCGUAAAGUUUUGUCGUUGACCUCGUUGGUGCUGUUGCUGUCGUUGAAACUUGCUGCAACCUCACGUUCCCCAGAGUUAAUAUUCCAAAACACUGCUACUUUUAUCGCUAAUAGCACUUUUGUCGCAUUUGUUUUUAAGUAAAUCUGUCGUACACACGGUACACAGAGCGUCGUUAACCACUGAUAUCAUGAAGAAUAGCUGAAUUUAUGUCACUCCCGGUUCCGACUUCCAGAUUCCGAUGUAAAUGGAACACUAUUCUCUCUUCUGUGAGCAGUUGGGGUCGAUGUGCGCCCUCUGCCGGUAUAAGUUGUAACUACGCCACGUGUAAGGUCCAAAGAACUUACAACUUGCGACACGGCUGGAACUCGCAAGGAUUCCACUUUGGUUUGGAAGGACGUCAGUGUGUGUGAACAAAGCUAAUUUAUUGAUUUGUUAUUUUUGUUUGCGUUCACUCUUCUUAUUUCUGAACUCUCGCUCCUGUAUAUUAGCAUGACUCGUGAAAACUGUGUACCUUGGUGUAGUUUUGACAAAAGUUUUUAAAAAAAAGAAAAAGCUGAUGUGCUGACGCCUUGACCUCCAAAGAGACGCUGGAAGUUGCACGGAAGAGCGUAAAGUUUUGUCGCAGACACUGUUUGCAUCGUCAGCGUUGUUGCUUGUUUACGUUCCCGUGUAAAAAGUAUCAUGUUGAUUGUAACGUUCAGAGUUGACUCGUGUGGACUGUGAAGGAGGUCGGGUGGUUGCAGGUUAAAUUCUCGGUUCCCGUAGUCGAGACUUUUGAUGAAAGUCUUUGUUUGUUUUUAUUUUGUGUCUGAGAGACAGAGAAAUCACUUCACUCACGUUUCUGUCUGAGGUGAAGAUGUGAGUGUGAAAUACACACACACGCCUGAACAUUCUGUGAAUGAAACUCCAACACAACCUGUUUUAAUCUUCAUCUUUAAAAGGAUAGUUGUGAGUAUGUGGUACGAAUACAAAGUUUUCCCCGUUUUUAACCAAGAAACAGCCUGAUACACGUCUUUAUCUCACUGUGAGACAGACUUUUGUAAACCACUCACUCUCCCACACCAAAGUCCAUAGAGAAAAUCAGUGAUUUUAACAUCACACACACAGGAGUUGUUGAUCCACUGUUGCCUCCAUCACUAAGUUCUGAUGUUUUAUUUUGUAACUUUGGCUUUGAAAAUCAUACAUUCAGAUUGACCUCAGUGACACAAAGUGGGGGGUGGGGUGGCUCAGUGAUUAAGACUGGCACCAUGUGUGCAAAAGACAUCAUGGUUGCAAAUUCAACUCCACCCCUGGCUGGUUGUACUCAGUUCCUUUGUAAGUUGCUUUGGAUAAAAGCGUCUGCUAAAUGACAUGUAAUGUAAUGUAAAGUGACCACACGAGGCAGCAGAGGACCAGCAGCUCCUGUGUUCCCACCAGCUAAAAUCACUGAUUUUCUCUAUGGGGUUUGGUGUGGGAAUCCUAAUCCUUGUAAACCAUCAGAAAUAAAACAUUUAAACAGUAUUGGGUGGAAAUUUCAGAAAUUAUAUUAAACGUCAUAAAAGAAUAUGGUGUAUCUACUGCCCUCUCUGGUCAAACCCCAGCUACUGCAUUCACAUUAUGACUCAGAAUUGUUCAAAAUCAGGGAUUUGGUUUCGUCUGCCUUCAAUCUGACGUAGAUUUGAUAAGCGGAGUCUCAUGUUGGUUCUCAGCAGCAGGGGUCGCUCACAUACGAAUAUCCCUGAAAGGUUUAACAAACGCUGCUUUGAGCCUGAGCGUCACAGAUAUUUGUCUGUUUCUGCAUUUGUUUUUCUUUCACUGGAUUAUUAUUUUUCUGUCACGUCUUCAUGUCGUAGCUCAGCUCCUCCCUUUUCUUCUUGUUGUCGGCCAUUGCAGCUGUAAUCUUCUCUAAAUGUGACUAGAAUGUGUUUGACAUGUUAAUAUUCAUGCAUGUAGACUGUGAGAGGAGAUUUUCGGCUUCUGUUAUAAUAAAAAAAAGGAAUUUCUUUUUUUUUAUUUACACAAAUAGAGGCGUGUCAUUUGAUCUGA